GCAAGGUUUGUUACAGAAUUAAUUUAACAUCUUUUUUAGCAUAAACAUCCCAAGUUCUUAAUGAAAACUCGUAUCCAAAUCACGCGAGACUUCAAAUCUAGAGCAUUGUGGCGGCGAGAGUACAGUUGUAGAGAGUUGUUGUCGGCGAGGGAGGCGGAAGCCAGGCAGUAGGCAGGAGCGAGCACAAGUGUGUACGACAGAGCAGAAGUCAGAAGACAUACGGAACUCAUGAUGGCAUCGGGGGACACCCUGUACAUAGAAACGGAUGGGUCGGAGAUGCCUGCAGAAAUAGUUGAACUGCACGAAAUCGAAGUUGAGACAAUCGAGACGACAGUUGUGGGAGAUGACGGGGAGCACCAGCCUAUGAUCGCCCUGCAGCCUCUUGACACCGAUGAUCCCAACUCGAUUCACCCGCACCAAGAGGUGAUUUUGGUGCAAACAAGAGAAGAGGUGGUUGGCGAGGAUGACUCUGAACUGCAUACGGACGACGGUUUUGAAGACCAAAUCCUUAUCCCGGUGCCUGCUGUGGAGGAGGACUAUAUCGAACAGACUCUGGUUACUGUUGCUGGGAAAAGCUCGUCAACGGGCCGGAUGAAGAAGAGUGGAAGCGGGAAGAAAGCGGGCAAAAAGAGCUACCUAAGCGGGGGAGACAUAGGGCGAAAAUGGGAACAGAAACAAGUCCAGAUAAAGACGUUGGAGGGAGAAUUUUCUGUUACUAUGUGGGCAUCGGAUGACAAGAAGGACAUAGAUCACGAGGAGCAAAUCACAGGGGAAAACUCUCCUCCAGAUUAUUCAGAAUAUAUGACUGGAAAGAAGCUUCCUCCUGGGGGCAUCCCGGGUAUUGACCUAUCAGAUCCCAAGCAGCUGGCAGAGUUUGCACGUAUGAAGCCAAGAAAAGUAAAAGAAGACGACGCACCUCGGACAAUAGCCUGUCCACACAAAGGAUGCACCAAGAUGUUCAGGGACAACUCGGCGAUGAGGAAACACUUGCACACUCACGGGCCUCGCGUGCACGUCUGUGCAGAGUGUGGCAAAGCAUUUGUGGAGAGCUCAAAACUAAAGCGGCACCAGCUUGUACACACAGGAGAAAAACCUUUCCAGUGCACGUUCGAGGGCUGCGGGAAACGGUUUUCUCUGGACUUUAAUUUGCGCACGCACGUGCGCAUUCACACUGGAGACCGCCCCUACGUGUGUCCCUUUGACGGCUGCAACAAAAAAUUUGCCCAGUCAACCAACCUGAAGUCUCACAUCCUCACACACGCCAAAGCUAAAAAUAAUCAGUGAGUUGGCCGUGACGAAAGAGCCGGAGGAUCCGGCCCCCGUCUCCGCUCCUCAACAGACUGAUGUUCUACGGCCUGUUUUGUUGUCCGAUUGGUCCCUUUGUAUUGCCUCUAAACGAAAGAUCCGAACAGAAGAAAAAUUUUGAUAACGAAUACGAGGUUUGUCCAAGGAACUUGUGGAAUCUUGUGACAUCCUCACCCCCUUUGGCCCGGCCUCUCCCUUUGGAUGGAACGUUUUACGGUUUCUUCUUUUGAAGACAUUAUUUCAUGGCUCUGUUCCUAAGAAAAAGAUAAACUUAUUUAUAACCUGCUGCGGUCUGUUUAAAAAAAAAAAAAAAAGAAGUUUUUGCAAAUUGUUCAAAUUUGCAUCGAUCCCCA